UGCAAACAAACAAAUGAAAGAGCCACAGUGUGAAGAAUAGGAAGGCGCGGUGCAAAACUACAAAAAAAGUUAACAUGUAAGAUCGGCGCGAGGCGUGACGUGAGGCGGCGCGGAGUGAAGUGACACCCGGCGUGAGUUAAUGAGUCACACGGGCACCUGGCGAUGACGGGCGAGCACUCGGCACGCGUCGCGGCGUCUGGCAGUGACUGGAAGGUAUAUAAGGCGGGCAGGAGGGACGAGGCCAAGAGUUGCGGUGUGGCAGUGGUGGCGAGGAGGUCGAGCUCAGGCCGACUUCACGGGGCCUUGACACGAGUUGACCUCACCACGACCUCUCCCUCCGUCCCUCCUUCAAGCUCUCUCUUCUUUCCUCCUUCUUGCUCCCCCGCAGAGUCCUCCUCCUUCUCCUCCAUCUCAUUUCCCCUUUCGAGAGCCGCUUCACGCUGCCCUCUCUGACACAGGGCGCUGGAGUGUGUUACUGACGAGCGUGACUUCUGCCGCACGACGCUUCGGCCUCACCUGCCGCACGGGGCUCCUCACGCACACGAGGCGGCCACACAGAGGGGCAUGGACAUCGCGAGAGGGGCCGUAUGGGCGGUGUGGGUGGGGGCUGGACUAGUCGCAGCGGUGGUGGUGGCCGUGAUGUCGUGCAUGCCUGUUGCCUUGGCCGCCCCUUCCCCCAGCGUCCAGAGCUUCUCCAUGGCUCACUUCGGCUUCACCCUUGACCUGUACACGGCCCUGGUCAGCGCGAGUGGCAAGGAGGAGAACGUUCUUUUCAGCUCCGUUGGGUUGGCGGCGGUUCUGUCACCCCUUCUUGGCAGCGACGACCGCGUGAUUAGUCAACAGAUUAGGCAGGUGUUGCGGUAUUCCAAUAUGAGCAUCGCCUGCGUCGAGAAAGGCCACACCGACAUGCUCAACCACUUCGAGAACGUCUACUACGAUGGGGUGCUCCAGCUCGGCUACACCGUGUUCCUCCCGCCCUCGGCCCAUGCCACUAGCGCCCUCUACCCCGAAGGCACCGUACAGCUCGUCGACUUCCUGGACAACGCCACCGCAGUCACGCAGAGAGUAAAUGAGUGGGUGUCGGGAGUGACGGAGGGGCGCGUGGGUCCCGUGGGCAGCGUGGUGGAGGCGGGGCAGACGGCGGGGCAGGAGGAGGGUCUGGCCGUGGUUGCCCUGGCAUUCUCGGGUCGCUGGCUGCACGGCUUCCAACCUGAGCUGACUUUCGACAAAGGGCUCUUCUACACCACGCCCCAGGAAAGGUUCGAGAUCCCGAUGAUGGUGGGUCGCCUGGAGCUGCCUCUGGGCUCAUACCCGCCGCUGGAGGUGCGGGUGCUGGAGCUGCCCCUCGCCGCGCGCCGCGCCUCCAUGUUCAUCCUGCUCCCCGACCACCCCGAGCGCGGCUUGGAGCCCCUGGAGCACAACAUGACGCAGAACAACAUGAAGGCGCUCUUCUCCAGCCUCAAGGACGAGCGAGUGAACCUUCGCCUGCCAAGGUUCAGAGUGGCAUUGACCCAGCCGCUGAAGGCAGCCCUCACCUCCCUCGGCCUCACCCACGUCCUGCCUCAGCCUCUGCACGACAUCCACCACAGGCUGCUGGUGGAGGUGACGGAGGGCGGGGAGAACAACACUCAUGCCCAGGACUCCCGCGCCGAGCAGGUGGGGACCUUCGGGGACAAGUACUUCGAGGUGGACCACCCGUUCGUCUUCUUCGUGUGGGACUACCGGGCCAGCAGCGUCCUCGUGAUGGCCCGCAUCGUCUCACCCGAACCCAUUCUUGUCAACUAGCUCGACCCUUGCUGGCCUUGCGGGGAUGUAUGAUCGUUCUCCAUUUUCUUUUUCGUUUUCCUUCCUUCCCAUUUUCUUAUUUUCUCCUUUUAGCUUCCAUGUGUUUUUCUAUUAAGUUUUCCUUUACGAUACAUUUUCUCAUCUCGGGCUCAAGUGCAUGUUUUACACUUACAGAGAAAUACAGUUUUCUGUACUAUCCUCUUGUGACUGUGAGCUGGUUCGCCUUACAACAUGUAUUCCCUCCUCAUUCUCUGACUUGGUGCUGUUUUGGACUGAUCUCAUUGUUUCUGUCUUUCAUUAUUAGUCAUUUUCAUUCCCCUUUUACGACCUUGCUUUCCCUGUAACCUCCCGGCCUAUUCUCAUUGCCCUCGUCACUUGUUAAUUAGUCCUGUUCAUAUUAAUUUUCUCCUUCCUUGAUUUCCCUCGUCCCCGCGUGGGCUGAUCUCAUUAUCCGUGGCCUGCAGUGCCAUACCAUCAUCCUUCCGCCCGGCAGUUCGUGAUCUCUGGCGCUGCACGCGUCGCCUAGAAGUAGUCCUCCGGGCACUCGCUCUCGUCACCUGUUGCUCAGCUUCACGCGCGUCGGUGUGCACGGGCGGUGCCGCGGCGGGGGUGUCCUGUGUCCGCGGGGGAGCGCGUCGCCCCAGGUCGGAGGGUUCCCCCUAAUCGAUGAACUGGUCUUUACUGGUCGAAGGUUGUGCAAGUUUAGUGUAAUUAUAGCCUGUCGCGUGGGCGUGGGCCGACGCGCGCCGCGGCGGCCAAGACGUCCUUGUGUCCCGCGUGAUUCGCUCGAGCGUUCGACUCCAGAAAAAGUUGUUGAUGUCUUGGUGUCGAGGUGUUUUUCAAGGGUUUUGGGCAGUUAGUCGUUAAAUACGUUUAUGCUUGUAAUGUGCUGUGGCGGCUUCACAGUGAUAUGUAUAUUUAGUGACAGUCUGAUGUCAGCUGUUGUGGGGAUGUUCAAGUCAAGAGGAACUGUGAUAAUGGGUUUGGGAACCCCGAAUGGGAGGGUGUCUGGCGGACCGUUAGGCCGGGCCGGGGAGGGGGAGGCGUGCUGCUCCUCUUCCCGAUCUGCUUGCGCGGCCGAGAACUUGCUCACGAGUAGAGGACGUGGAUGUACGCAUGGAGGCAGCCGGCUCCUGUUACGUGUGUGUGUGUGUGUGUGUGUGUGUGUGUGUGUGUGUGUGUGUGUCAUUCGGUUUCAUCCCCUAUUUCAUUGAUUAUGUAACCGCAUACAAGCCUUUGUUCAUAGGAAUAUACGUUCAUACAUUGGUGCUCACAGAGGCUAGUUAUUAUUUAAUGUAGAUGUACACUGCUUCGGGAGGUUCGCCAGGAUGUCUGAGGAUGGCCCGUCUGCCUCCUGAAGCCGUCAAAGCAUCGAGCUUAAUACGCUUCAACACCACGAGAUCAAGCAGGGGGAUGACACCUCUCGUAGGAUCAGUGUCAGCCACGCGCGGAGGUCCUCGCCGCUGACACAACACCUACAGCUUCAUUCUAGACGGCAAAGCAUUAAAGUAAGAGUAGUUUCACUUGCAUGAAAGUCAAGAAAGAAAAUCCGAAGAGCGUGCCAGGGGUGGAGGGCGGCGUGACCCCCGGCCUUCCCCCUCCCCUCUGACGCAGGUGUCUCGCCGCCCCCGCCCCCACGCCCACCCCACCUGCCUGCUUGCCUCCCCCGCCCCUACAUUACAAUACCAGUCCUUGUACACUCACUCGCCGCUUUUUGUGUACAUCUGCUUGGGAAAACGUAGUGGUGUACCGAGGGACGGGGCGGGGAAGGGGCGACUGGGUGAACAACCUGGCGUGUGUCUCGUUAGGCGGCGCGUGGCGUGUCGGUGUCUGGAGGGGGCCGUGAUAUGCAAAGCUGGCGGGAAACUUUUAUGUGAGGGACUUUUCGGCGUGGCUAGCUCUGUAUGACUCACUCUUAAUAGUUGCAUAAUGUUUAAACUUGACCCCUGACCGCCGGGAAGGGAGGUAGUUGCACGGCCAUUAUAAAUUCAUUGAUUACUAAUAGACGUUCAAGCGGGGAGGUGGUUUGUUUGUUUAGUUUAGAAGUGAAAGGAUUAUCAUGUAUGAAUGUGAGAGGCAGAUCUUAGGGAGCAUGUGAUGCUAGAUGUGAAAUUAAACUUAGGUAAUAAAAGAAUGUGAAAUUGUCUUUUAUGAGAGUAUGACGUGAAAAUUACAAAGUGGAAAGCUACAAAGUGGGAAAUUACGAAGUUGAAAAUGUGAUAUCUUUUUGUUGUUGUCCGAGAGGAUGAUGCGAGGCUCUCCUUAGCGGAAGGUGCGGUGGAAAUAACCUUUGUGGAGGAUGUGAAACUAACUAGUCCUGCUCUGAAGUGAAUGUGCUCGUCCGUAAACCUGUACCAGUAAUGUUAAAUGUAAGUGUUAUUUACAGCGCUGCGCCGCCCAGUAAAUAACCGGGAGGGGGAGAGAAGGAAGAGAGAGGAACAGGUGAACACUGACCUCGUCCGUGACCCGCCUGAGGUCAGAGGUGGUCAAACAAAGAUAGUAUCCCACAGUGGUGUGCUUGGAGCCCCGCGCCCCGGGCCCUCCUCAAUAAAACAAGAGAGUAUAUGAACACCUGUGGACUCACUUUUCCUUUACCUGC